AUGAUACUUUGUGUUGAUAAAGCUUGUUUUGUGUUAAUUGCUGGUUUGGAAUUUUUACAAGUUGAUUUGGAAACUGGAAUCAUAAAAAAAACAAGCGAGUAUGAGGGCUCUCCUGUUGCGAGAUAUUAUGAUGUUUAUGGUCUAGUUGGGUUUAUUGAAUUGUUGACUGCAAUUCAUAUAAUUCUGAUAACACAUCGUAAAUUAGUUGGUCAGAUUCAAGGAAAAAACGCAUACAUGAUCCAAGAAGUUAUUAUUUUACCUUUGGAUUUUGAACGCGCAAUUAAAAUUCUUGACAGAUAUUCUUGGCCAUCAAAUAAUGAAGAUCAAGAAUCAAAUGAUUCUUGUUUUACCGAAGAAAAAAAUUCCGCACGAUUUAAACGCAAUAAUAUUCCCAGUGCACCACCAACUAGUUAUGUGUCAACUUCUACUAUUGGAUUCGCUCCAACUAGAAAAUUUUCUGAAGUUUGGGAGGGUUUUAUUGGUGAUGCUGGUAGCCCAAAAGUUAUAAAUGUUAAAGAUCCCAUUGAUAAAAGAAAACGUGCAACAUCUUAUAAUUUACCUUUGUGGGAACAGGUUGAGAAAACAUUUUGGUGGAAUGAACAUAUGUUAAAAAAUUUAAUAAAAAAUGAGUUUCAUUCAUGGAUAUUACCAAUAAUGCAAGGGUUUGUUCAAGCUGAAAUGUGUGAGAUUGAAGGUAGAGAAUUUGAUUUCAUUCUAAUUUCUAGGAGAAGUCGUGAUAGAGCAGGUUUAAGAUAUCAACGUAGAGGUAUUAAUGAAAAUGGUGAUGUUGCUAAUUUUGUAGAUGAAAUUCUUCAUUUAGUAUCAUUUAUACAAGUUCGUGGUUCUAUACCAAUUUUUUGGUCUCAAUCGCCAUACAGCCUAAAACCAAAGCCAGUUCUUGAACGAUCUUUAGGAGAAAACAUGGAAGCAUUUAAGAAACAUUUUGAUCAAUUAAAAAAAAAAUAUGGGGCUGUAGCUAAUGUGAAUUUAACUGAAUUAAAUGGACGUGAAGCGAUUGUCGGAGGCGCUUACAAAGAAAAAAUUUGUAAAUUAAAUGAUAACAAGAUUGAAUAUAUUGAAUUUGAUUUUCAUAAAGAGUGUAAAGGAAUGAAAUAUGAAAAUAUUUCAAAACUUGUAUCAUCACUUCAUCGUAAUUUCAAUUCAAUAGGAUAUUAUUGGCAAGCAGGUGAUUCUGAAAUUCAUUGUCGUCAAGAAGGAGUUUUUCGUACGAACUGUAUGGAUUGUUUAGAUAGAACUAACGUUGUACAGAGUGCAAUUGCAAGAGAAGUCUUAAAUUUGCAGCUUCUACGUUUAGGGGUUUCAGAUUUUAUAGAUAAUGGAAUAUCACAUUAUGAACAUUUUGAAAAUAUAUUUAAUGAUCUUUGGGCUAAUAACGGUGAUUCGAUAAGUCGUGAAUACGCAGGCACAAGUGCAUUAAAAGGAGAUUAUACAAGAAAUUUACAAGGUGUCGUAAAUGAUGCAUCAAAUUCAUUAGCAAGGCUAUUUCAAAAUACUUUAAAAGAUUUUUUCAGACAAGCUACUAUUGACUACAUUCUUGGAAAUCAUACAAUUGAAGUUUUUCAAGAAAUACAACAAAAAUUUGAAGCUUCACAACCGGGAGAUGCUGAUAGAUGGGCAAAAGUUAGAGCUACUGCAAGCAAUAGUUCGAUUGUAAUAAUUGAUAAUGAAGAAAAGCUAGCCGGGUGGACUUUUCUUUCACCAUCUGAACCAAAUACAUUGAGAGGAAAAUCAUAUGAAGAAAAGGUUAUACUAUUAACAAAAAAAGCAUUAUAUGUCUGUACUUUUCAUUAUCGUCUUGAAAAAGUUAUGCAAUUUCAAAGAAUUGGCGAGUAUAUAUUAUCGACAUUGUAUCCUUCAUGUGCUUCUCCAAAGGAUAAUUACGGUUUUGUAGUUUAUUAUCAAGCAUCUGGUGAAACAAGUCGUUUAAAUACUGGUAGUAUGCAAGUUGGUAAUGCAGAAAAUGCUGGUUUUAUAGUGGAAAGGCCUAUUAUCAGUUUGGAAGAAGCUAGCAAAAAUACUGGUAUUAUGACUAAAGUUGGAUUUAGAGUAAAACAGGCAUUAUGGCUUUAA